UUAUCUUACCAUAGCUCUCCACCUAUGGGAUGUUUAGUAGAUUAUAUCUCUUGGAUGGUUGUAUUUGACAAAGCAGUUUUAUAAGAAUUUACUGCAGGAGCUAUAUUUAUUAGCUUCUUCCACAUCUAUAUUUUAAAGCUUCAAUGGCCUUUAUUUUCUUGUUGGAUUGUUCGAAAAUUUAAAGGAUGAUUUAGAGUCUGUUCUCCUUCCUUUUCAGAUGGUCAUUUCUGGAGGUUUCUGUUUGUUUUUUUCCAGUCUGUGCUGACAGCUCUCCAGGUCUUCUAUACACCCCUUGUCCUCUCUCUUCCCUUCUUAAAGUAAUUUCCUGGAUUAAACCCACCAUUUCUCCACCUUUCUGUUUCUUGAGCUUAUGCCACUGCUCAUUGAAGAAUAUCCUUAUGUAAUUCCCUAAUAAAGAACGUGUGGGAGAAAUAUUGUCUCAAAGCAGAUACAGGACUCAGCUAUCUUCUACAAUUUGUGCAGCUAAGAGAAAAAAAAAAACACAUUGGGCUUUCCCUCAUCAUUCUACUCUGUUUCUCUUUCUUUCCUCAUCAACUCUCAUACCCAAUCAGGAGGACUUUUGGCUCCUUUGUGCCCUGAAUUUAAAAGAUCCUCUUUAAUUGGGUCUUCAAGUCCACCUCCAGAUUUAUAAAGAAAUUCCUCUUCUGAGGAAUCCUUAGCAUCAAACACUGUAUCAGCAAUACAGGCUGCUAGGAGUCAAUGGAUAAGGGCCUUAAAAUUCCGAGUGAAGUUUAUUUUUAUUUUUCCAAUAUGGUGGAUUGGAGACAUUGUUAGCAUGCCUAUCUCACUUGGAAAGACAAAAUAGUGUGUCGAGAUCCACACUGUGAACUUUUUCCCAAGAAGCAAUGCAGGAACUUAACAGGAAAACUGAAACAAACAAACAAACAAACGAAACAAAAAAACCACACAUCCUUUGAAAAAGCUGCAGGCUGCAACCUACACUGCAAGCCAGGCAGAAAACAGAGUUUUUAGGAGUGUUAGCGGGGAAGGACUGCCUCCAGGAUAUACACCACUAGGUAACCUGGCAAUCCAGGCCAUGGGAGAAGGCCUUAACCCUCCCCAGUGCUGGAACUGAUUUAUGGAGCAGUGGGGAAUAUAAAAGUAGAAGCUGCAGUGGGAAGAGCCUUGUGUGUAUUCCCAAUCUCCAGAAUUUACAUGUGAUGGUGAGUCUAUGCAUCUUGUUCUCUGCUGUGGGAAACCACAUAGGCAUGGUUCAAUAAAUAGGUUUUAGGUGACUCCUUGUGGUUUUUGUUCACUUCUCUCCAUUUCUUUAAUGUGGCGAUUAAGAGCACAGAUUUUAAUUCCUUAAAAGGUGUAUAGUACACAUAUUUGAGGGCAGCAAGGAGGAAAAGUGCUGAGGGGACUGGAUUCCACUGUGGAAUCUGUCCUAGCAGAGAAAUGCCUCUAUGAAUUGGGUGGAAAAGACAGCUCUAAAAGUGCAAAGAAUAUAAGUCAAACCCGGGAUUAUAUAGGAAAAAAAAAGAGAUGGAGGAAAAAAUUUCAGACUUGAAGAAGGGUCUACAAAUAGCACAAUGUGGACAGUCUCUAACCCAGAGCCAAGUAUGCUCUCCUGUGAAUAUAGAAAAGCUCAAACCCAGGGAGGAGAAGUGAUCUACCUGUGAUCACAGGACUUGGCAAUGAUAGAACUAUGUUCAGUUUCUCAUUACUUCUAGCAAAUUGGCAAAUUAUACUAAGGGAGUAGAGGUAGAGUUGAGUUCAUGUACAACAAUAUAGAAAUCAGCUAAAGUGGAUCAGAGCAGGAUGUUUUAUAAUUCAGGGAAAGGGUAAGAUAGAAAGGCAUCCUUUCCCCCAAUCAAGAAAGACAGCCUUGGACCACCAGUUAGAGAAUCCGCCAAUUUUCUCUCUGCCAUAAGUCACUGAAGCUGAGAGCUAAGGCAGGGCCUCCAUGAGUCAUGAGCACUUAAUUCAGCGGGAGAUCUCAGAACAGGAUAUUUCCUUUUUUGAGAUUCCCUGUCAUGCCAGUUAUGGAUACAUUUGCAUUUUGGAUGGGACAUUACUUGAUCCAGCCCAUUUUAGGCAGUUCUACUUCCCCCUGGGUGGGGCAGCAGGCCCUAUAAAGAGGUUCUCUGCCAUAUAACUCCUAAACUCCUGGUACUUGAGCACCGAUCUGCUUUGGAGAACCCGGUGAGUCUGCUUACUUGAGUUCCUCUCUUCUUUUUGCCCUCAGAUGUUGAAUUUAAUCUGAAGACAGAAAGCAUGGUUGAUCCAAACCUCUGAUUACAGUUUUGACGCUACUUAGUGGAUGGAACCUGAGGAUUAAAUCAUAAUGAUACACUGUUUUAGCUUUUUUUUGUAAGCAGUUUGGUAUUCAUAUGAACAGAGAAGUUAACAGGAAGGCUUUGAUUUGAAGAAGCAGUAAAAGCAAAGUGUUUUUCCUUUUUUUGAUAUCUUUCUGGUGUCCUUUUCAAACAUUUGUGUUUUAACAGGUGUCAGAGCCCGCAGUUCUUCUCAAACGGCCCUUUGCUCUGUGGCCAUCAGCCCAAUGGGUCUUUACAACAGAUAAUGAUGAUAGGAGUAGCUUCUGAGAUUGCCCAGGGUGUCUGAACUUGUGACUGCCUUUCUUGAAGUGGUUAUUUUCAUGUUUGAUUCUUUAUAACAGAGAUAUUUUCUUUGGAAAAAUUGCAUGAGAAAACAGAGGAUUUCCCAGGGUUGAUAAAGCAAUUUGCUAAAGCGGAAAGGAUAAACCAGAGUCAUGAAAAGGGAAUGAGGAGUUUAAAUAAUUUUUUGGAGAUUGGAGAAAUAAUAUCCCAUAGUAUUAUAUAAACGUUGGCUUUUCUUUGUGACAGUCCCUUCCUGUGAACACUGUCAUAUCAUUUCUUUCAGAUUCUGAGACUCCAGCAGGAUGUCUUAUCAACAGCAGCAGUGUAAGCAGCCCUGCCAGCCACCUCCUGUGUGCCCCACGCCAAAGUGCCCAGAGCCAUGUCCAUCCCCGAAGUGCCCUGAGCCCUGCCCACCACCAAAGUGUCCAGAACCCUGCCCACCUCAGCAGUGCCAGCAGAAAUGUCCUCCUGUGACACCUUCCCCACCCUGCCAGCCAAAGUAUCCACCCAAGAGCAAGUAACAGCUUCAGGGUUCAUCAGGACCAUGAAUGGAUGAGGAUAAUUAGCUCACCUCAUUCCACAACUUCACCUGCAUCUUCUCAUCAAAGCCAUCCAGGGAUACACGGGAGCUUCUUUCCCCUUAGCCAGUGAUCUGCCCGUGAUGUUCCCUGACAGCAAAAGCUUCCCUUUAUGAUGCUGCCAUACUGCCACUAUCCAGGUGGAGACUUAGAAAGGAAGUCCUCAGCUGUACCGGCCUUUCAGAGCUUCUCCUUGGGUGCCAUCGAAGAAUUCUGUUGAUGUUUUCUGUGUCUGUCUGUCUCCUGGGCAUGAGCUUCUACCACCUGUGCAUUUGUCACUUUCCUUUCACUCCCUGAAUAAAGUAGCUAUGUAUAUAUUUUUGUGAGUGGAUAUUUUGUUUCUUUUUAAACCUACUUUAUUAACAAUAUCAUAUGAU